AAGCAGACAGGAGCAGUGACUUGACUUCUGUGUGUUGUGGUCCUCUGUAAUCCUCCACUGCCCUUCUGCGUAGCUGGAUAUUGCCAGUUAUUUCCCCAUUAGUAACUCUCUCAGUUGUUUACUUGUACCUGACAAUGGUAUCCCAUGCUUCUCUUUUUGAGAAUGACCUUACUUCUUCACAAGUAUAUUGGAAUCACCUCAGAAUCUACUCCUAAAAUUUGUAAGUCUUAGAGGCCCAUCUGACUUCAGGUGAGCUCUCUUGUUUGUUGGCUGGCUUUUGUUAUCCUUGUAUGUAAGACACAGAAUUAAGUUUAUGAAAGAAAAAGUUUAAAGUAGUGAGAUUUCACUGUUCUUCAGGAAAAAAAAAAAGCCCCAAACCCCACAAAUAUCUAAAAACUUCCAAACUUAAAAAAUUACUWUAAAAUUGCUGUUACCAUUUCUGAUAGUGGGUAACAUUUGAUUACAUGUUAUAACAAUUGUUAUUUAUGAUGAUAGCCAACAAUACAAAAAUGCAUCUUUGGGUCUUCGAGUUUCCAGGGCCUGAACUUCCACCUUGGGAUUCUGUUGUCAUUUCUUAGUUGCUGUGUUUAUCAGGUGAAAGGAAGUGAUUGUUGUGGUUUCUUAAAGUUUGUUGGGGUCAUCUGCACUGAUAAAAAUAGAACUGUACCUUAUUGGCUUAAAGCAUAGAAAAGUCUUGGCAUUUUGUUGAUUAUUGGCUUCUAUUUGAACCUGUCUUUCAGGUCCGGAGAGAUGCUUCCUCCUCUGGGAAGUGUAUGAUCAGAACUUAAUCUAAACUGCCAUAAAAAGAGAGGGCAGAUAUGGGGGUGGGGGUGGUGUGACUGAAUUUCUAGGUAUCUUCUAACUAGCAGUAGGUAAAAAUUGCCACUUAUGUGCCCUUGGUUUAGUUCGCCCAUUUAGAAUGCAAAAACUUGUGCUGUUGGGGAAGUAAAGAGAUAAGUAAGUUUGCCUGAUGAUUAGCAGCACAUAAUAGUGUUCUGUAUUAACAGAACAGAUUGCUACAGGGAUUACUGGCAAAGUUAGUUUUUUUAUAAUGCUGGCUUUCCAAGGGAGGAUGGGACUUGCUCUUUCUUGGUUACGUACAUGGCAUAUGCAUUGUGCUUGUUUUUAAAAGCUUUUAGUACUGCAGUUACUUAAUCUUCCCUCUUGAGAUUUAAUGUGUAAUUUCUGCUGAAGCUAUUAGUUAGGGUAAAAGCUGGAGAACUGAUUAUUGCAGUGGUAAGGCAGAGCUGUCAGUUUAUCAGAUCAGAUCAAGAAGAGGAUUGAGCUAAAGUCAGAAAGGGAAAAAGAAAACACAUUCAAACUAUUUACAGUUUUGCAUCAGAAAGUAAACAGGACUGGGCUAAAAUCAGAGCAGGUCAGUGCAAAAAACCUGGAAAUAAUGCAGGASUUGUGUAUAGCAUUGAAGCAGAUACACCCUCAGAAAACUAUGUGAAAUCAGUGGUGGCAUGCUCAGUUCGACUGCCUCAGCUGUGCUAAUCCAACUGCCUGCUGAGCUUCUUAAAAAUSAAGACAGGCUUAGAUCCUCAAAGAAGGAGAUCUGGCAGAGCUCACUAAGUUCAUGCAGRCUGCUUUACAGCUUGACAGCCAACCAUUGCAGCCACACCUGAYGCUGCAACAGAACAAGCCAGUCUAACCUGGGUCCUUGGCUGAAGUGACCAAGUGACCAACAUUCUGUGCUCUCAUGUUGGUCAGAAGAGCCUGGGUGAGACUGGGAGCUGUGCAGGAUCUUCAAUUCUAAGAGGAUGUCUAAGGACAGAAGGGAGCUAUCUCCAAUGGUGCAAUGGGCCAAGGAGUUGGAAAAACUGCCUGGCCCAAACCCACAGCAGGCUAUCAGACUGUUACUGGGGGAAGAUGUGGAAGAAGACAUUCCUAUGUUGGGUUUAGACCAUUUUUGAGUAAUCAAGACAGAGAUGGACAUCAACAGAAUGAAGACUGCAAGCAAUUAGAGUUGGAAGAUGUUCAGAAAAAAAAUUCUUCAUCUUUCACUGAAAGUUCCAGUACAUUGGUUCGAGUUUCUCCCGAUUUAUUAGAUGAGCCUUUGUCAAAAGAUGUUGGCAAUAGAGAGCCUGUUUGCCAAAGUGCAUCACGCCAAACUUCUGAAGUGAACACAUCACCAUUUUCUGUAUUCUGUUAUGGUCCAGAAGGCAACCAAAUCUCACGGGACUUUAUGAAUCCUUAUGAAAAUUCUGAGGACCUUGCAGGAUACACAUAUGGAGGGCAUAAUGGUUUGAAUGGUAAGAACGGAAUUGCUUUUGUAAACAUUGACUCCUAUGAGCUGGAUAGCAGUGAUGGAGAAGAAGAGGAUGCUCAAGAGAAAUAUUCUUGGAUAAGAGAAGCAGCAGGUCUAAUUCAGGGAAGACUAGAUAACAUACUUUCUCAGUGUGAAAAAGAGGUGGACUCUCUUCCAGACUUAAAGACUCAACUGUCUUCUUUUAGCCACAGCACUUGUAGGGAAAGUUGUGAAGAAGCAGGACCAAUGCCUUUAGCAUGUCUAAACAAUAGGACACUUAAAUCURCAGAUGAAGCUAUACCAAAAAUUAGCCUGAGUGGUGCCAGUUAUGAAACACAGCAGAUAAAACAUGUAGUGGAUGUUGGAAUUGGAACCCCCGUACCAACUGCUGACAUAUUAAAUGUCAGUGAUGGAGAGACUGACCAAGAACAUUCAUCUGAGCUAGUAGUGAGACCUAAAAUUAGGAAACAAAAUACUGCAAAACAGCUGGAGAGAGAAAAUCAUCUCCCUAGUGAUGAUGAAGAGCUCAGUGAUUCCUGGAGGAAAAUUGGAAUUGCUGAUGUCCAGCAAUGCCAUCCUGAGUGUCCCUUGAGAGAUGGYAAAGAAGAGAUGAGUUCUGGUGUGUUCUUUCUCUCAAGAAUGCACAGUGUUGAAAAARACACAGAAAUAGACCUAAGAAGAAAUGCAGUAGCUCAAGAACAAAACAAUGUUCUAAGGGACAGUGCUUUUUGGAAUGACUUUGAAGACCACAACAGACAUUAUUUAAUGAGCCCCAAAGAUGAAGACAGCUCAGAGUGCAGUGAUGGAGAAUGGUCUGCAGCUGUGCCUUCCUAUUUUGCUGCUAUGGAAAAAGAGCAGUCCUCAAGUGACGAAAGCUGGGAGACUGUCCCAGGCAGGGAGGAACAUGACUCUGAGGUGCCGAGGAGCAGCAGCGGUGUGAAAGAGGAGAACACCGAACUCUGUUUCCAAGAAGGGGGUCAGACAUUAUUGGAGGAAGGCGAAAUUUCUUGGUUACCAUACCGAGAAGAAGUAGAAAGUAGCAGUGAUGAGGAAAAUGAUCCAAUUAGUGAUUUUGUGCAUCUUGGAUUCUUCUUGUUGGAUGGAAAUAACAACCUUGAGGAUGACUCCAGUGUGAGUGAAGACCUGGAUGUGGAGUGGAGAUUACUUGAUGAGUUUGGUGAUGGCCUAGGACUUGCUCAAGCCAUUCCUCACAUGGAAUCUCAAUUUCUCACAUUCAUGGCGCUAGAGGGACGGUUAGAAGCUGUGGAGACUGCUCUGGCACAGUUGGAGUCUCUUACAUUUGAUGUUGAACAGACUCAUCCCCCAGCUACGAAAGAAACCAUAGAUUGUCUACCACAGAUGUUUGUCACAGGUGACCACAAUGGUCAAGAGCAGUGUUGUACUAUCUGCUGCAGUGAGUAUGUGGAAGGAGAGAUCAUAACAGAGCUACCCUGUCGUCAUUUGUUUCACAAACCUUGUGUAACGCUUUGGUUACAGCGAUCGGGAACAUGCCCUGUUUGUCGUCAUGUGCUUGCAUCUGUGCUUCCUGAAGCAGCUGGUGACACUAUUUUCUUUAUUUGAUUGAUGGUUCAGUACCUUCUGUUGACAUUACUACAGGACUUUCAAACUAGGGUUUGAAAUAAAAUCUGCCACCAAAAUAAAAAUGUAAAUUCUGCUUGUUUUGAUUAUAAUAGGAAAACAAUUCUGUAUAAAAUAUUAAUAUGUAGUCAUGGAUUGGCUUGGGUUGGAAGGGACACUAAAGGUCACCUGGCUCCAAACCCCCCUGCAGGGGCAGGGACACCUUCUUCUAGACCAGGUUAUCCUGUCACUACAUGGCAUUAUGAAUAGUCCCUCUCCAUCCUUGUGGGGUCCCUUCAGGGACUGGAAGGCCACCUCAAAGCCUUCUCUUUUCCAGGCUGAGCAAUCCCAAUUCUCUGUGCUGUUCCCCAUAGCAGAGGUGCUCCAUCCCUCAGGUGACCUUGGUGGCUCCUCUKKACUCUCUCAACAGCYCCCUGUCCUCCC